AUGACAAGACGACAUAACCUGCCAGUCGCCGGUAAUACUCCAAUGACUAUUGAAAAUUCUAACAGACUCAGCAGUCCGGAUUGCAGUCAGUUCUAUUGUACAAUAACAUUAGAAUUUUAUAAUAAUCGUCAUGUCUAAAGAUAUUAUUGUCCUUACGCCCAAUGGAAGGAGGCAAAAAGUUCAUUGUACGCCUGAUACAAUUAUUUUACAGGUAUUGGAAGAUGUCUGCCAGAAGCAAGGUUUUCAACCUUCAGACUAUGAUUUAAAGCACCAUAAUCAUGUUUUGGAUUUAACUACCACUAUUCGAUUUUCAAAUCUUCCCAAUAAAGCUAUGUUAGAAAUGGUGGAAGUAGAAAGGAAAAGGCAAGAAUCUAACGUCACAAUUGGAUUACAAUUGGAAGAUGGUGAAAGAAGAACAGCAGAUUUUUCCCCUAACACAUCUUUAUAUGACUUGGUGAUAUCACUGGCACCAGGAGAACUGAAUUCUUUGGAGCACCCUACCAUUAUGUAUAUGCGACAAGAAGUUGUUGGUGAAAAUGCGCUCCGAGAAAAAACUUUGAGACAGUUAGGCUUAAUAAGGGGUAGAGCAAUUCUCAGGUUGUUAAACAAACAAACAGAAGCAAAACAGGCGAAUGUUUCUGCUUUUUACCGCCGGCCAGUUAUUGAGCAUAAAGAUACUGAUGAAAAGAAUAUAGUUAAGAAAGCAAAAGAACAAAAGCCAGAUGAGCCACCUACAGGAUCCUCGAACAUGCAUAAGCUCGACAUAGAUAAGUAUCAUAAGCCUGAUAUUAUAGAAAAAUUUAAGGAAAACAUUCAACAAGAAAAUAAAAAGAAAGAAACCAAAGUAACGGAACAGGAAAGUUCAUCAGGAGAACAUGUAACAGGUACUGAUAAAGAAGAAUUGAUGGAUGUUGAUGUACAAAAGAGCAAUGUAUCAUUUUCUUCCCAAUCAAGAGAAUAUUUGGAAAGGCGACUCAAAAUUGAAGACGAAGUCACAUUUUUAGGAGCCCAGAAAGCUAUAGCUUUUAUGCAACCAGAUUCCAUUGAAGAGGAAAUUGAAGACCUGCCUGAUGACUUUUAUGAAUUAACUGUUGAUGAAGUUCGAAGACUAUAUCAUGAUCUACAACAACAUCGAAUUUCUUUAGAAAACACUCCACUUGUAUCUUCUACAAAACAGAAGGAGCUUGAGGACCAGGCAUCUCUACAAAAACUAAAUGCGUACAAGAAUGUUGUGGUGCGUGUCCAGUUCCCAGACCAAAUUAUUCUGCAAGGAAUUUUUACCCCUACGAACACGAUCGAAGAUGUUACAGAAUUUAUAAAAGGUCAUUUACGAAAUCCAACCAAGGAAUUUCACAUAUUUGUAACUCCUCUAAAAGAAACACUUGAUCCUAAAAUGACAUUACUGGAUGCUAAAUUUGUACCUUGUGUGCACAUGCAUUUCAAGUGGAUAGAAGAAGACACGGCUAAACAACCAUAUCUAAAAGAUGAAGUUUAUAAAAAGAAAACUGCUUCUGAUGCAGCCAGCAUUUUAGCUUCAAAAUAUAGAGCCACUGCAAGAAGGAAACCAGACGAUGCACCCAGCACCUCCAAAAAAGUACCUUCUGCAUCGACAUCAAAAGGCAAUAAAAUGCCAAAAUGGUUUAAGAACUGAAAACAUAAUAUAUCAAAUAGUACCUGUCUGCUAAUAUUUCUGGAAUCGCACCAAUGCACAACUUUAUAAAAUGUAAAUGGAAAAAUUGUCAUUUGGUAGCUACAUGUAUAUCUUAGCAUUUCAUAAUGAAUUUUCAAUAUUUUGCUGUAAAUAUUAUAUACCUUUACACAAUUAUUAAAAGAAAAUAAAUAAAACGAACAUGUUCAA